AUGCCAGUUGCUUCUUCAUGACUUUUCUUGUGUUUUAUAGACCUGACCCCGACACACAUCAGCUGGCAGCCAUCAGUGAACGCAGCCAACCACCACACUGACAGAUAUGCCAACACCGAGCUGACUGUGAGGCGAGGACAAGCCUUCAAUAUCACCCUGUACUUCAACAGACCGAGGCAGAAUGGGGAGAGCCUGGGAUUUGUCACUGAAAUAGGGCCAUCCCCCUCGGAGUCUCAUCGCACAAGGGCAGCAUUCGGCCUCUCUGAGGCGGGGGGCAGUGGCUGGAGUGCUGCCCAAGGACCCAGUGACUCUGCAGCCAUGAACUUCACCAUUUCCAGCCCAGCCAACGCCGUCAUCGGGCGAUACAACCUCACCCUCCGCGUCACCGCAGGCAACAAGAUCUUCUCCAGAUACCUGGGCCAGUUUGUGUUACUCUUCAACCCCUGGUGCCCAGGAGAUGAUGUCUACAUGUCCAAUGAAAACGAGAGACAAGAAUAUGUUCUAAAUGAAAAUGGAAUAAUCUUUGUGGGCAAUGCAAGGUACAUUGAAGCAAGAGGGUGGUAUUAUGGACAGUUUCAAGACCUCCUAAACAUCUGUCUCACCAUGCUUGAUCUGAGCCUGUACUACCGUCAGGACCCAGCCAUGGAUGUGUCCCGGAGAGGAGAUCCCAAAUAUGUGGGCCGAGUCAUCAGUUCUAUGAUCAAUGGAAAUGAUAACGACAAUGGAGUUCUCCUGGGGAAGUGGCAGGGAAGUUUCCACUCGCAUGAGAACCCCUCCAGAUGGGAUGGCAGCGUGGUGAUCCUCAAGAAGUGGCGCCAGGACAACUACAGACCAGUUCAGUAUGGCCAGUGCUGGGUUUUUGCAGGUGUCAUGUGCACAGUUUUGAGGUGCUUGGGGAUUCCAACUCGUUUGGUUUCAAAUUUUAACUCUGCCCAUGACGUGGAUAGAAACCUGAGUAUCGAUAAGUACUAUGACAGCUCUGGAAGGAGUCUUAAUAUCAGCAAGGAUUCCACAUGGGAUUAUCAUGUCUGGAAUGAAAGCUGGUUCAUUCGCCCAGACCUGGGAAGGGCAUACAAUGGGUGGCAGGUUUUAGAUGCAACGCCACAAGAACAAAGCAGAGGCAUUUUUCAGUGUGGCCCUGCAUCUGUCUUAGCCAUCAAAGAAGGUGAAGUAAACCUGGAUUACGACACCUUGUUUGUGUACUCAGAGGUGAACGCCGACUGCAACAGAUGGAUUGUGUACAACGAUGGGAGCAAGAAAAGAGUUUAUUGUGAUACUGAAAUCAUCGGCAGGUCUAUCAGCACCAAAGCUGUGGGCAGCAAUGGCCGUGUGGAUAUCACUGCUAACUACAAAUAUCCAGAAGGUUCUUCUGAGGAAAGACGAGUCUAUAGAAAGGCCUUGGGUAAGAUAUUGGGAAUAAGUGUCACAGAAGGACACACAGACUCUCCUGGGGGAAGAUCUUCAGAGACAAUGAGGAACCCUGGCAUCGCUGGGAAAUUCAAGCUGGCUGAACCUCCAGUUUUUGGCAAAGACAUUAACCUGGUCCUGGUCCUCAACAACCUCUCCUCCGACCGCAAGAGCAUCAGGGUGGACAUGAGUGCCUCCACCAUCCUGUACACAAGGAGAGCAGUGGCAGAGAUCCUGAAGGCAGCCACUUCUGUGGAGCUUGGUCCUAAACAAGGGAAGCAUAUCCGGGUAAAGAUCCCUUACACCCAUUAUGGAAAAUAUCUGACCACUGACAAAAGGAUCCAAGUUACUGCUUUGUGUGAAGUCAUGCGCUCGCACGGGCUGAAGCUGCUGGUGGAGAAGACAAUCAUUUUAGAGGACACAAACAUCAUCAUUAAGGUGCCCCGGAGGGUUGUGGUGAACAGAGCUGUGUCCCUGGAGAUCUCCUACGCCAACCCCCUGCCCGAGCCCGUGAGCCGCUGCGUGCUGCUGGUCACUCUGAUGAACCAACAGGUCAAGAUCAAUUUGGCACGACUGGCACCGAGGGAGAGAUCAAAAAUUUAUUUUGAGUUCACACCUCGGAGGGCUGGGCCCUUACAGCUGCAAGUAGACUUCUCUUGUGACAAAUUUUCACACGUUAAGGGAUUUGUAACACUUGCAGUAGCCCCUGCAUAAUGUGAUGGAAUGAACCUUCCAUUUCAGCAUUAACCCAGCAAGACACUCUCCUCUGUAUAGGGACAGUGGUGACAGAAAGGAACUUUGCACAAAAAUUGAUGACCUCUUACAUUGCAAUAGAAUCAAGUCUGCUUUCAUGGUGCUUAACUCUUUAGUCUCUAAUUGUAUUUCUCUUCCCUCCCACCUCCUGACAAAAGAAAAAAAUUAAGCCCUUUCUUUGUAGAAAUAGUUUCACCAUUUUCAAAUCUCAUUCUGUUAAGCUCCCAGUUUUACUUUUCCCUCAAAUAAUUAAUACAAUCUCCUUUUGACCACAUUCUAAUUGUCAGCAAUAAAUAAAAAUCCUUCUCACCUGUAUUGUUUUGUAAUGAUUUAUACAUUCUGUGGGGGCAUUACAAGAAAUCACAAGACUGAGGAAAAGGGAUUUUUUUCUUCAUUUCACAAGCCACUAACCUAGAAGAGUGGAACAUUUCCCCCAUUGUUCACCUAAUAUCUAAUAUGUCUUUUUGACACCUAUAGUUCCAUGAAUGGGGAGGAAAAAAGCCUAGGGAGGAUGGGAAAAGUGAGGCUUGGCAGUACUUGUGUAGCCUGUGGGCACAGGCCUGUCACAGAGUGGAGAACACAUGUACAUAUUCAAAACAGUAACUUAAUUCUUAUGCAGCCUGACAGAGUCCCGGGCUCCACAAAGCACGGGGAGGGUUUUGCAAUAGCGUGGCAGCCCAGCAACACAGGGUGAGUAACUCCUCUUGCCCACCAGUGUAAGGUCACUGAGGACAAGGAACACAUCUGGCUCCAAACCUUCCCCGUGUAGCUCACUCAGGGGCAGCACUGACCCCACACUUGUCAGUGUCUGCAGACAGAAGCCUCUUUUGUGGGUUCCCAAUCCCAGCAUCUCCAGGUAUCAGGUCUCCCUGAAAGCCACCUUUAAGUGGCUGUAAGGGUUCCCUGCUCCUGCAGCCUCUCCAGGGCUGCCGGGACAGGUAAGGACUGACCAGGUGCAGGAGCUGCCAGGUCACCCUGAGAGCAGGAUGUGGGGCAAUCGUGGUGUGCAAACAACUCUGCCAAGCCUGAAGAUUCUUAUUUGCUGAGUGACUUACAAAAAGUUUAAAUCAGAAUUUAUAAGCUGGAAGAGAGCUGUUGGGAGUUAUGGGCAUGGGCAUUUUUGUCUGACAGUUCAGAGUUUGAAGUUUCAGAGUCUGAGGGAUCCAGAUAUAAUCACAGAUUUUUACAGAAAAAAAAAAAACACACAAGAAACCAUAAAAAGCCCCUGUAGAUUCUCUUUUUUAAAAAUGCAUUUUAACUGCAGGCAAUUAAUUCGCCUUUUUGGUUCCUGGCAAUCUUGAUAUGAAAGUGGAAACAAAACAGAAAACAGAAAUGAAAAAAAGACACAAGGCAAAAUGUAGAGGUGAGGAAAAUAAGA